GCUAUAUUGGAUUAGAAUGACUUUCUUGCCCUUUUCCCUUUUCGCUUUUCUCUUUCGUUGCCUGUUAUUUUUUCUUGCCAUUUUCCGGCUCCGCUACGCUCUUUUUCUUUUUCUCUUCUUUUCCUUUUUAUAUUUAUAUCCUUUUUAUUUACAUAUACUUCAUAUUGUUGCAUACGACCACCAUAACCAAAACCACCAUUAUCAUCACUUGUUUUAUUUUUAUUAUUACAUAAUUUACCCAAUUCACACAUAUUUUUCUGGAAGAAAAACACGCAGAUACGCGCGUCUUGACACAAACAUGGCGCUAAAUCCCAGAGAUGGAUCCUCGGAUGCCAACCAGUCAGUGCUCCAAAACAUUCUUGCGGGUAUUUUCACCGAUAACAGCCAGACCAGUCAGCAAUACCUGUCGAUUGUUGGCCUGCUGUACCAGGCCGGCUUCAAUAUUGGAGCGAGCGCGGGCGCUUUGCUUCUUUUUAUCUUUCUGCGGCCGAAUAACCAGCGUGUAUACGCGAGGCGCUACAAAGCGCUGAUUAACGACAGACGCAAGCCGCCGAAAAUCAGUCGUGGACUAUUUGCGUGGGUGCCUAUUUUAUGGCGUGCCGACGAGCAGUACCUGCUGGAAACAGUCGACAUGGACUCUGUUCUCUUCUUGCGCUUUCUCAAGCUUGGAAUGUGGAUGAUGGGCAUCUUUGGCGUCCUGGGCAUGUGCAUAAUAGUUCCAGUCAACUAUUCGAGCGGCGACAACGCGAACGUCACCGGAAACUUGAAGCAGUUUGCGCUCCUAUGGAUCACACUGUACCACAUCACCACACUGGGCGUCCUCUCGCUGCACGUUGUGGCGGCUUAUAUCUUCACAGCCAUUUUCUUUUAUUUUAUUUGGCGCGAGUACAAGCACUACAUUCGUAUCAAGCAGGACUAUUAUGCGUCGCCACAGUACCUGCGCAAGCUCCAGUCGCGCACAGUUAUGGUGUCCUGUGUCCCGCCCCAGAUGCAAACCGACAGGGCGCUGCACGCUUUUGCUUCCAGCCAGUGUACGGCUGUGAAGCCCACGCAGGCAUCAAUUGCGAGAAAAAUUGGCAGGCUACAGGAGCUGGUCGACAAACACGAGCAGUCCGUGCGCAAGCUCGAGAAGCCGCGACCCAAGAUUAAGGUAUCCGGUGCCAUGGUCGAUGCCAUCGAGCACUACACUUUGGAGAUCGAGUCGCUCGAAUCAACCAUCAACCAGACGCGCCGCGAGAUGGAAACGUUCAACCCUACUAGUAUCGGAUUUGUGUCUUAUCCAACGCCGCAGAUGGCCCAUGAGGCGAUGAAGUUGCUGAAGUCGCUGAAGAAAGUGUCGCCGACUACGACGCAGCUGGCCCCGCACCCAAAAGACAUUAUCUGGAGCAACGCACAGAUGCCAAAGGGCAAGCGGAUCGGCCGUCUGUGGAGCGCUCGGCUUAUCUCAGUCAUCUGGCCCAAGACGCAGGGGCACAAUACGAUGACGACAAUCUGGCAGUCAUCGUUUUCGCCGUUGAUCCUGACGCUCUACUACAUAUUAAUCCCGCACGUCUUCCGUGCCAUCAGCCGGUACCAGGGCAUUUCGACGCACACAGGCGUUGAGCGGGCAGUGCUGAAGAAAAUGUACGUAUUCUAUUUCUUGUCCAAUAUCUUCGUGUUCACCCUUGUCGGUGUGAUUGUGCGUGGGGUUCUGGAGAAGUCGUUGAGCGGGGAGGUCAUAGCAUCGCUGGCGCACAAUUUUGUGCAGUCGCUCAACAUGAAAGCGCAGUUCUGGACCUCCUACGUCGCCAUGCUUGAGUUUGCGCAGCUCAUUGGGUUGAUCAGAAUCUUCUUCAUGCGGUAUACCAGGGAUCUGACGCCACGCGAGCUGCGCGAUCUGACAAAGCCGCCUGAGUUCGACUACUCGCCGGUGUAUUCCCUGUACCUGUGGGUGUUUACCAUCGGCAUGUUUUACUCGCUGUACUCGCCCAUCGUGCUGCCCUUUGCCUUCCUCGACUUUGUCCUGGCCUAUUGGGUUUACAAGUACGCUGUCAUGUACGUGUACCAGACGCGGCAUGACACUGCCGGAAUUAUGUGGCGCAACGUCAUUGACCGGAUGAUCGUGUCUAUGGCACGCAUGGACGAGUUUACUGACAGACUUGAUGAGGUCCGCAACAUGCAGCCGAUCAUUACAUAUUUAUCCCGCUGCCCUCGCAAGACCAACUAUAUGAUGGAGACCGCAGAAACGGGCAGUAAGCUCGACAUAGACAAUAUGAUUGACGAGGACGCCAACGUCGACGAGACGCUGGGCGACAGGUUCCUGCACCCGACGUUCUCGCAGCCACUGAACACGCCGAUGGUCGAUAAGCGCAUUCGCCACCUGCUGCCCAAGAUCUACCGAGGCAGAGUAUCAGUGCAGGCGGUCAGCGCGACGAUCCGCCGGGCACUCAAGGCAGCGGGACCGGCGGGAGACGGUGAGGUCAAAUUUGCUGGCAGCUUUGGCAAUGCGUCGACAUUGUUUGGCUCGGAUAUGCCCGAUACGGACACCGUGAUGGACGAGCGCGACCAGCGCGAUUUCGAUGGCGCCACGACACCCAUGCCGUUCAUGAACCCAGGCUCCGCAUCCACUGCGGUCAGCGGCGGGUAUGGCAAAGGCUUGGUGCGCAGUUUCUCGGUCGAAAGCAACGUCACUGGGCAUGACCCUAUUGAGAUGGUGCGGCUUGGGUAUGGGAAGAAACACGGUGCCAGUGUGGAGAGUAGCCAGGCGGACCUGCUUGUUUGCAAUGCACCCAUGUCCAACCCGUCGAUUGACCGGUACGGAAACACCUCGAUGGGCUGGAUUAACCAUGGCGGCCAGGACUUUAACCGCGUGGAUCAGUAUGAUAACAGCGGCAGCAGGAAUGAGAGCAACGGCGAAAUGUACCCUAUGCUGUAUAUGCAGGGUAGUGUCGCUAGUUUCACGAGUAACACUGGCCCCGUUGGUCCUCGUCCGCCAUCAGCACAGCGGCCGACGAUUCGCCAGCCACAAGGAUACAGGACUUUGCCGAAUGUGUUGGUCAACAAUGGCUCGGCCGAGCCGAUUCAGCAGCACCAGCAGCAGCAACAGAAUCCUGGUCGGUACGGGCAGCCUGUGUCGCAGGGUAGAGCAGCUGGCGUGGUCAUUAACUAUAAUAAUAACAAUGGCAGCGGCGGCGGCGGCGGCGGCGCUGCUGGUGGAAUUCCUGCUGCGUCUUCGUCACAGGUGCUGAGCGCGCCAAGGACUAACCAUGGCCAGCAGAGCUUUAUUCCUCAAGACGAGGAGUGGAUCCCGAUGAAUUACAGCAUGCAGCAGCUGGAUCAGAACCAGAACCAGAACCCGAGCCAGGAUUAUCAACAAAACCAAAACCAUCAGAACCAGCAGCAGCGCAAUGUUCCUCGCUGGGAAUAA